UGAGAGUGAGGCAGACGGUAUCACUCUUUCCCGUGUCAGUAAAGACCGAAUGGUAACGUCUUAGCCGUCUCCAUUUUAUUAAGGCAACUGAUUAAUAUUUACCGUUUCUACUGGCUCGUAUAAGACAUGGACAUCCUUUAGAAUGAUCAAAAUGAAAGGGACUCGGAGAAGGACCGUUUGAAAGGGUAUACUAAGACAAAGAAUUCGGGAGGAUUACGCAAAGUGCCGCUGCCAGAGACAUUGAGUCUUACAUAAACCUAAUGGGUCAUCUAAAUGUUGGUCAUGGAUAUGCUUCCUUCGGCCAAGAUCAAGAAAUUCAUCAUCAGCACUGACGUCGAUGUGUUAAAAUCAGCUAUCAACUUUCUCUUUCGUCGGUUGCUCACUAAUUUUGAGACUCGUGAUUUCAAAACAACCCCAACGAACUCAUUCUGCAGACAAUGGAUGCUGGCAUUCAAAACCACACAGAACAUUAUCUGCACGACCCCUCCAACCCGACCGCACCGGGAUUGUGUGCUGAAAUGCUCGGGGUUGCGGACGAGGCUUGCCGGGCUGGGGACUUCGAUCUGGCCGCGGAGAUCUAUACCUCUCAGCUCGCCGAGCUCGAACACCCUGACCGUGGCCUCUGCCUGCGGAAAGCUGACGCUCUAGCCCGUGGGGGACGCAUAGCCGAUGCGCUGGACUCGUAUUGCGUUGCUGCAAACCUCCAGGCACUGAGACCCGAUGAACUGCAGAUUUUAGUUGAAGUUAUAGCACAUACGAUACGCACUAAAGAGCAGAGUGACAGGAAGACAAUAAGCGGGGGCUCUACCUUUGAAAGCAGAUGUUUUGAGAGUGAUGAGUUAGACGAUGAACAGAACUUGGACUUGUUUUCAUGCCACGUUUGCAAGUGCUUAUUGACGGAACCAACGUCCUUGGUUUGUGGACACACUUUUUGUAAGUGCUGUCUGGAAGAUGACCUUUCAAAAGAGUGCAGAAGCUGCCGUUUAAAACCCAACAAAUCACCCAGAGAAUUUACUUUGGGCGGACUCAGAGUAAAUGUUAUUGCCAGUGGCUUGAUUGAAAAAUGGUUCAAUUCGGAAAGCAAAGCGAGACGAUACUGGUUGGAAGGGGAAGGUCUUUGGAAAAAACAGGACGUAUCCAACGCUAUACUGAAGUUCAACAAGGCAAUUGAACUAGAGCCCUGCAUAUGUCAGCUCCUGGCUCGGCGGGCAGAGCUGCUCAUGGAAAUGAAGAAUUUUGGCCAAGCCAUCAAGGAUGGGGACACCAUGUGCCUACUCCGUCCCCAGUGGCCAAAGGCUCACUACAUUAAGGCUACAGCGUUUAGGAGCACUGGCCGCAAUGAGGAGGCUCUACAAGAGUAUUUUUACUGUUUGGCUCUGAAAUUUGACUGGAUUGCUGUAAAACUGGAGGCCCAAAAGAUCCUGAGUCAUAUGUUCUCUUCGGUCUUUGCAAAUAAUGGUCUGGCCACGUCCAUGCAGCCCCUUCCAGUUGGAUCCACCUCUCGUAUCAAACCUUCAUCCCUCCUAAGCUCUCUUCACUCCUCUCUUCCUAGAGAUGGAGUCAAAGCAGGCUGCUCCAAGGAAGCAACACUCAAUUGCAGCAAGUUCAAAGAUGAGAACUCUUCUAUUUUACAAAGAUCUGAAAAUGUGAACUCUGUUGGCCUCAGUUCACUUUUUGUUCAGCCAGUCCUAAAAAGGAAAUGGACCGAAGAUGUUAAGGCCUUUGAGCCACCCAGAAAACAGCUUAAAGAAGAUAAGGCAUCUUCACGUAAAAUUCUCCCUACUUUUUCUGGGGGGAGGCAAGUUCAGUCACAGCUUUUGGACAGUGCAGAUUUUGAAUGUUCUCUCUGCAUGAGACUAUUUUAUGAGCCUGUCACAACACCCUGUGGACACACAUUCUGCCUCAAGUGUUUGGAGCGCUGUUUGGACCACAACCCAAACUGUCCCCUGUGCAAGGAGAACCUCUCCGAGUACCUGGCUACUAGAGCAUACAACAAAACUCUUCUAAUAGAAAAAUUAUUGCAGCACUUUUUUUGUGAUGAGCUAGCAGAAAGACGAAAAGUACAUGAAGAAGAGAUGAAAGAAUUGUCAAACUUGAACCAGGAAGUGCCCAUCUUUGUUUGCACUAUAGCAUUUCCUACUGUUCCCUGCCCACUGCACGUUUUUGAGCCUCGGUACAGGCUUAUGAUUCGCAGAUCAAUGGAAACAGGAACCAAACAGUUUGGCAUGUGCAUUGCUGAUGAACUAAAUGGGUUUGCUGACCACGGCUGUAUGCUGGAGGUGAGGGAUGUCAAAUUAUUUCCUGAUGGACGCUCUGUGGUGGACACCAUAGGCAUUGCUCGUUUCAGAGUGGUCACUCACGGCCAGAGAGAUGGAUACAACACAGCCAAGAUUGAAUACUUGGAGGAUAAAAAGGUUGAAGGAGAGGAGUUCACUGAGCUCCUGAAGUUGCAUGACUCUGUGUAUGAUCAGGCCUUGGGCUGGUUCACCUCCCUUAAAGAUGAUAUGAAGAACCAAAUCAUCAGCCACUUUGGGCAGCUGCCUGUCAAAGACUCUGACCCACAGGAUAAUCCCAAUGGUCCUGCAUGGUGUUGGUGGCUGUUGGCUGUGCUGCCGCUUGAAAACAAAGCCCAGCUUACCAUCCUCGCCAUGAAUGCUCUUAAGGAUCGGCUGAUCGCCAUCCGCAGGGUCCUCAUUUUUGUAACUCGCAAGCGCCCUCGAUGAUAAAUGAGGUCUAAAUGAGAUCAUCAACAUCAACCCUUAGUUUGGGAAUGCUGAUUUAGGCUGGGGUUACUGACGUUUCUUCUAGUAGCCAUCUUGUUCUGUCAUUGCAGCACGCAACCCCCACCAGUUAGUUACCUAAGUUUUAUUUAGGUCAGGUGCAGUCAAACCAUUUACCAGUUUAACAGUAGCAUCAAACUUUAAAACAGUGGGAAGUUUUUUUUAAGCAUCUUUGGUCCUUUAAAAUAACACCUGUUUUGUCCUAGGUAUAGUGUACGACUGACCAAAUGCUUCACAUGGGCUUGCAAAUAUCAAAACUGGCGUACAUGUGCUUUAGUUUGGAAAUGAGCAGUCACCUUAUUUCCAUAUUGUAAAAGAUGAUUAAAAGAAAAACUAUUUUUACUUAAUUUAAUAUUACAUGUACUGUAACCCUGCUUUCUCUGUAUCUGUAUCUAAAUGUCUAGUUCAUUCACAAACCAUAAAUUUAGUCAGAAAUUACAACGUUCUACUGACAUCCAUUUAAUUUUCCCCUAUGGGUUUAGAAAGUUGCACACUCCUACCUUACAGCCUUGAUGAUAUUUAGUAACAACAACAUGUGUUGUAUUUAUAUUUUAAGAGUAUGUUUGUGAUAUGUGAUAUGUGAUAUGAAAUGAAUAUUAAUUGGGGAAAAAAUGUUAACAUUCAGAAUGAGUAAAUUGUACACUGGAGCUAAAUUGUGUUCAGUCCUACUAUAAAUCAUGUUUGAACAAGCACCAUUUUUAUGAGUGACUUGUAAUAUAAAUGUAGAGUGCAAUAUGUGGAUGGGUGGCUUAUGUCUAUAUAAUAAUCUUUAUAGACUAUAAGAGGCCUUUGAGCAUUCACAAUGAUUUUCUUCUCAUUGUUCUUUUCUCUGUGAUGUUCAUGUUUUGUGUAUGUCCAUUAUCUACCUUUUCCUGUGCAAAUGACUAAUAAAAUGCUGCAUUUUUGAUGUAAAUGUAUACAUCAAUAUGAAAUAAAUCCUAUUUUAUAUUUUAAGCAAAAAAUAAUAAUAA